AUGGCAGAAAUCAUACAUUUGCUGGAACUAAAGGUUUCCGAGCUACAAAGGGCAGAAACUUCGCAAGAAUUAAAGCUUCAUUUUCGUGAAUUUCGGCGAUUAUGGGAAUCAGCCCGUGUGGAAUUCGAAUACUCUGCUGUGGACUUGGAUUUGAUUCUACGCUAUGAAAAAUCAGUUCAGGAGUAUAUACGAUUAAAUAAACGGUUCAAAGAUAAGAUUGCAGCUGGAAUUCCUUGGAUUUCGAUUGCGUCUGAGCGGAAUGCUCUUCCUGAGGUUCCUCAGGAAUCAUCAGAAAAUAUCGAGGUUUUGGGAGCGAAUGAACCUGAGCUUUUGACGACAGACGAUAUGCAUUUGACAAGUGCAAGCCAAGUUACUGCUGCAAUGAGAGAUCUUCAUGUACAAAUGGUUCAAGCGGUGGACAUGAGCGCUGAAAACUCUAAUGAACUCGCUUCAAGCACCAGUUUAUUGGAAAGCUUGCAAGAAAAGUAUUUUAGUGUCGAAGACGUAUUGUAUGCAAGCAAAAAGAUUAUGAGAUCGCUUAAGCUGAACGAUCAAAAAGAUUAUUAUCUUGUUAUCUCAGGGUUCGGCUUUUUUAUGUUUGUUUUGUUUUAUCUUUUAUGGAAAAGAAUUAUAUGGCCAAUUUUAUCUAUGUUUUUCUGGUUUUUAAGGUGA